AUGUGGACAGCAAAUAAGCUAAGAAAUGCAUUUACAGAAUACUUUGAGAAAGAAGGGCACACGCACUGGAGAUCCUCCUCGGUCAACCCAGACGACCCAACUCUUCUCUUCACAAACAGUGGAAUGGUCCAGUUUAAGAAGAAGUUUUUAGAUCUGGCGCCUGCAGACACCGCAUACGGCCAAAUGAAAAGAGCAUGCAACUACCAAAAGUGCAUCAGAGCUGGAGGAAAGCACAAUGAUCUUGACGACGUGGGGAAGGAUACAUACCACCACACGUUCUUUGAAAUGCUUGGAAACUGGAGCUUUGGAGACUAUUUCAAAAAAGAGGCAAUCCACUUUGCAUGGACGUUCCUUACAGAGGUGCUUAAGCUAGACAAAGACAGGAUCUAUGUGAGCUACUUCAAUGGAGACCCCUCGCAAGGCCUGCCAUGUGACACUGAGUCGCAGGAGUUGUGGAGGCAGUACUUGCCAGACUCCAGAAUACUGGGAUUCGGGGCAAAGGAGAACUUCUGGGAGAUGGGGCUUGUUGGGCCGUGCGGACCGUGCUCUGAGAUACACUAUGACAGAAUUGGAGGCCGAGAUGCAUCAGGAAUUGUCAAUCAGGAUGACCCUGAUGUUUUGGAGAUCUGGAAUGUUGUGUUUAUACAGUACAACAGAGAAGAGAGCGGGCUUUCCGUUCUGCCUAAGAAGCAUAUUGAUACAGGAAUGGGGCUGGAAAGAGUUCUGAGCAUCCUGCAGAACGAAAAGAGCAACUACAACACAGAUCUAUUUGUGCCGCUUUUUAAGACAAUUGAGAGAGUUCUGGGCGUAGAGCCAUACACAGAUAGACUGGACAGCAAGAAGGACAUUGCGUACAGAGUAAUAGCAGACCACAGCAGGACACUAACGAUCUCUCUUAUGGACAAUGUUAUGCCCAGCAGCGAUGGAAAGGGGUACACAAUUCGGAAGAUACUUAGAAGAGCACUUGGCUUCCAGUAUUUGCAUCUGAAGAAGGCACCAGGCCUUCUGCCCAUUCUAGCCGAGCAGGUAUUUGGAGAUUUCAGCCAGGUCUACCAAACCGAGCUGUCCGCGCAGGCCAUAGUGCAGAUUAUCACAGAGGAAGAGGCGCAGUUUACAAAAACACUGAGCAAGGGGCUGUCUAUUCUAAUGGACAUGCUGGAGACAGCAAAGAACGUAGAGGAUGGCGCAAAGAAGGUUCUUCCAGGCGCAUCAGCCUUUGUUCUCUAUGACAGAUAUGGGUUUCCAAUUGACUUAACCAUGGCUGUGGCAGAUCAGGAGGGCGUGGCAGUGGAUGUCGACGGGUUUAAGGAGGCGCAGGCAGCAGCCAAGGCACUUUCAAAGGGCACCCAGAAGAGCACAGAAAGCCUGCACCUCACGGUGCAUGACCUGGAUGCGCUUGACAAAGCACUCAAGAAAAGGCCAACCGUUGAUAGGUAUAAGUACAGCGAAGAGCCAAUAAGCGCCAGGACUGUGGCUGUUAAGCAGGCAGGCGAGAUAGUAUCUGUGAGUGAGCUAGAAAACCCAGCACCAGCAGGCGAGUUUGGAAUCAUACUUGACCAAACCUCAUUCUACAGCGAGGCUGGCGGCCAAGAGGGUGAUGCAGGCACAAUUAUCUUUACGCACAAAACAGCAAAAGACGCAGGUGAUCUAGUUCGCAUGUUUUCUGGCCUGACAGUGAAGAACACAAAAACUCCAAAAGAAGGAAACAUAUCAGGCAUAUUCACAGUUCGCGAUACAAAGAACUACGGGCGGUAUGUGAUGCAUAUAGGUACGCUUGAGGGAUCCAUUACGGAAAGCGCAGUGUGCACCAUUGAUGUAGGCAGGAGAAGGCGGCUUGCACAUGCGCACACAGGCACACAUCUGCUAAACUACGCCCUAUCCCAGACACUCUCCAAGGCAGGAGGAGAAGAGAUCCGGCAGUGCGGCAGCUUGGUGAGUGAGGACUUGCUGAGAUUUGACUUCCACUACAAUGCCCCGCUUUCAAAGGCUGAGAUUUCUGCAGUUGAGGAGAUAAUCAACAGCAUUGUGGAGAGAAAGGAGGCUGUGACUGUGGAGUAUCUUCCCUACACGUCAGCCGUGCGCAUUGAAGGCAUCCGGCACAUGAAGGACGAAGAGUACCCAGAGACUGUGCGUGUUGUGAGCGUAAAGAACACUUUGGACAAGAGCAAUGCUCGCACAAGCACUAUCACCUCAGCAGAGCUGUGCGGAGGAACCCAUGUGGAAAACACAGGGGACAUUGGAAGAGUCCGCAUAGUGGGGGAGUCUAGCAUAUCAAGAGGCAUCCGGCGAAUCACCGCAGUCUGCUCAGAGCGAGCAGUUGCUGCAGAGAAAGCAGUGGCAGAGAUCCGGGCAAUCAAGAUGGCGCCAGCAACUAUCCAGGAAAUAAGAGACCGGAUAGACACCACUGACAUUCCGCUUGUGGAUGCCAGUCAGCUCCGCGAGUCUCUAGAAGAGUUCCAAAAGCAGCAGAUAAAGGAAAGAAAGAAGCACUUCGAUGGCGAAGCUGUACGUCUUAAGGAGGCUCUGAAGGGCACAGAAGGAAAGGUAAUGUUUGUCUGCCACACAUUUGCAGAAACUCCUGUGCAGCAGGUGAAUAAGCUUAUGGGCGGUCUCAUUCAGGCCCUUGAAAAGGAAAAGAGAGAGGGUCUUGUUCUGUAUGAAGCAGAAAAGGACGUAGUGAUAAACGGAAUUCUGAAGGAUGGCGUAGAGCAUGUGAAGAGCGCGUUUAAGGAGCUCUCUGCAGAUAAAGCCAAGAUUGGAGGAAAGUCGCCCAGAGUGAUGGGUGUUGUUUCUAGCGGUAUAGAGACAGUUCAGUCUGCACUUUGUGGUCUUAUGAAAUAA